GGCAGAGGUGGCAGUGGUGGUGGCGGUGGUGCUGCUGGGUACUUAAAGAGGAACAGAUUGCGGGCGGCCAGCAGUCGAAACUGGAAUUUCGAAACGCACGGAUCCGGAGUACUUGAAAAUAGUGCCAUAAGCCAAAAAGUUAAAAUCGAAAAGUGUUGCCAAAAAUGAAUCUGUUGAUGGAUAGCCUGCCGCCGCACGCGAAUCCUGGCCAGCGUCGCUCCACGCCACCGCAGCAUGCCGAGCUAAGGAUCACCACAUCCCCGCCACAGCACCAGCAGCAAAACCAAGUGGCAGCUAACAACAACAAUGAGACUCCCACAUCGCCACCUGGUGGCAAGACCACCUUGAAAAGAUCCUUCGAUGUGGCCUUUCUCAUGAUGCCCGACGAAAGGAUCAAGCAGAAGCAGGCCGAGAAACAGGCCCGUCUCCAGGAGGCACUGCAGCAACAUCACCAGCACCAGCACCAACAGCAACAGCAGUUGAAUCACUACCCCACGGACCUAUCCCCCCGAGGAUGCGCCGCCUCGCAGCCACCAUCGCCGGCUGCCUUGGAGUACAUCAGCCUGCUGGAGGCGAGGAAUCGCUAUCCACAGCUUAGUAUUCGGUCGCCCAGGGUCUAUGACGAUCCCAGUGUAAUAAUUCCCUUGGUGGAUUCUCCAGAGGCCCCGACCAACGCCUCGCCACCGCCACCGAUGCGGAGUGCCUUCACCAAGGUAGCCUCCUCAUCGCUGUCCACUGCUUCCUCGUCGCCGUCGACCACAUCGCGUUUGGAGUCGCCCGUGGACGUGGGUGCUCCACCCCUGAGCCCAGACCAGCUCAGCUGCCACUCGAUGAGUCCGCCGUUGGUCACUCCGCCGCCCAGGACAAAUAGUGGCGGCCAGCAGCAGCCCCAACAGCCGCCACCUGCCAAUCCCAUCGUUUACCACAACUUUCGACCGGAAUAUCAGUUCAACGGAGCCUUCCAGGCCGUGAAUCCCAUGCAGGCUCUCCAGGCACAACAGCGACUGAAGCAGCAGCUCCUCUACACACGUCCUGCUGGCAAUCCCAAUGUCGGAGCUCCAGGUGGAAAUGCCGGAGGAGCUGGCAAUCCAUCGUCCCCUCCAGCAGGUCCGCCGCCGGAGUUUCUGCACGCCGCCUAUCCGGGAUUCGCUCCGCCACCGCAUCCCUUCGCCGUGGCCCAGCCACUACAGAAUCCGGCAGCCGCCGCCAUACUGUCCACCCUGAUUCCACCCACCUUGGCCUCCACCUUCACUCUGACCGCCCAGAACGUGUGCGCCAAGUGCAACAUCAGCUUCCGGAUGACCAGCGACCUGGUCUACCACAUGCGGUCGCACCACAAAAGCGAGGUGGCCUGCGAUCCCAAUCGCCGCAAGCGCGAGGAGAAGCUGCGAUGUCCCGUUUGCCAGGAGACCUUCCGGGAGCGGCACCAUCUCACACGGCACAUGACCGCUCACCAGGACAAGGCCAGCGAUCACCAGCCCCAGCUGGAGGACACCAACUCCUCCGCUGCCGGCGACAACGAGAUCAUCAAUGUGGUGGGUGGAGGAUCCACUCCGCCAGGACGUCGUAUGGGCGGUAUGCCGAAAUGAUCGAAGCAUUUCUUCGGAUACUUUUAGGGCCAAGGACCUCCCUCCCACCAAGCACUCGUUCCACCCAGGAUUUAGUUGGUCUAGUCCGUAAUGCCCGUUUUCGAUUGUGAUAUUAAUUUUAGUUUCCUCCCGCUCCGAUUUACUUUUCCCUUAGCCUUAAAUGUAGUGCAAUUCGUAUCUUAAAUAUUGUAACUGGAUCUCAAUUAAUCGUAAUUCAUAAUCGCAAUAUCUGGGACU